CAAAGGGGAAAGGGAGAAGAAGAAGAAGGAAAAGCACCACGAGGGAGGGUCGUUCUCCAGCCCUCUGUGUGUUUGUGUGUCGCGGAACAAGGGCUGCGGCUCGGGCGUACUCUUCCCCGGUGCAAAGUGUGAGGGGGGGAUAGUAAGCUUCUCCCGGGGAAGAGCAGGGCGGAUCGACGGUAUAGGGAUCGAGGGUGGAGAAGCGGCGCACAGGCUUGCGUGAGCAGCAGCAGCAGCAGCAGGGAGGACCCCGAUGGAGCUCACAUCUUCGCUCUUCAACGAGGACACCUCCCUGCGCCGCAGAAGCCCAGAGGCACGCCAGGCGCCGCUCUCAGGGCAGAGCAAGGCCAUCGAAUGCGACGGGCACGGGGCAGGCUCUGUAGUGCCGCUUGCGAGCAAGCAGAGGCGAGCCACCCCGGCCAAGACGCCGACCGAGGCCCGCAUCAGCCCCAGCCCCCACCUUUGGACCCCUCGCCCCUUUUCCAGUCUUGAUGCGACGAGCGGGCUUAUGAAUACAAUCGCCAGGCAUGGAACACCUUCAUGCCCUCUUGCCAGACGGUGGAGAGGAACCUCGGGCAGGAAGAGAGAGAGCAGGAAGGAGAGUUCAUGGCCGCAUCUCUACGAUGGCUCGGCCCGCUUUCCUGUCCUUGCAUCCCCCUCAGCUUUUCAUCUUCCUGAGUCUCUCUCUCCUCGCCGUCUUGGGUCCCUGUCCAACGGGCAAAGGGGGGGAAAAGCGUCUAGCCCGACGGUCAAUCCAGAGACUGCUCGUCGUACCAGUAACGACUGGAAAGAGGCAGAGAGGCAAAAGAAAGGGGCACACCCUCACCCACCGUCUCCCUCUGGCCCGACCGUAAACCGUUGUUCUCUCUGGUCGACGCGAGAAGCUGGAGACGAAACCCUCCGGCUGGCUCCCUGUGUCCGGGGACUUUCCCCGUAGGCGAGGAUCUGCCGAAGCGAGAGUCCUGGCUACGAUGGCGGUCCUUUGCGCGUCUCUCCUGUUCUUCUUCCUCUUCUUCU